AUGCCCAGAAGAAAUAACCACCUGGAUGGCAACUAUUUUAGAGGGAAAGGACACAUCUAUUUUGCAGCAGAGGAAGCUCUGGGUAUUGGACUUUUCAUUUUGGUGCUGGCAAUUUUACUUGCUUUUGGCUGCUGGUAUUACAGAAGACGUAGUGGCUACAAAAGUCUGCGGAGCAAAAGCUCUAGUGUGAGCACAAUUCGAAACAUGGUAGGUGAGGGAGAAAUACUGGACUGCAAAAUGGCUCUGCAGGAUUACAGAGACUUUAAUUCUGUGGUACCUGAUGCUCCACCAGCUUAUGACAAAAUUGCUGCAGAUCUGUCACCACCACCUUAUUCACCAUGA